AUGUCCGCCGAGCCGGAUCACACCCACGAGAAGAAGAGGGUUAACCUCAGGGAUGCCUCGGGCGCCGAGCACAAGGAGGAACUUGACACCUCUACCGCUAUCCUCAAGAAGAAGAAGAAGCCUAACUCCUUGAUCGUGACGGAUGCCGUGAACGAUGACAACUCUGUUAUCGCUCUUUCGAACAACACUAUGGAGACUCUCCAACUUUUCCGCGGUGAUACAGUUCUGGUGAAGGGCAAGAAGCGGAAGGACACUGUUCUAAUCGUCCUGGCUGAUGAUGACCUGGAUGAUGGAAGUGUCCGCAUCAACCGUGUUGUGCGACACAACCUCCGUGUCAAGCACGGUGAUGUUAUUACCGUCCACCCUUGCCCCGAUAUUAAAUAUGCUAAGCGCAUUGCCGUCCUGCCUAUCGCCGAUACCAUCGAGGGUCUCACCGGCUCCCUCUUCGACGUCUACCUUGCUCCUUACUUCCGCGAAGCCUACCGACCAGUGCGCCAGGGUGACCUGUUCACAGUACGAGGUGGUAUGAGACAAGUAGAAUUUAAGGUUGUGGAGGUCGAUCCCCCAGAAUACGGCAUCGUCGCGCAAGACACCAUUAUUCACUGCGAGGGUGAGCCCAUCCAGCGUGAGGAUGAGGAGGGUAACCUCAAUGAGGUUGGCUACGAUGACAUCGGUGGUUGCCGGAAACAGAUGGCUCAGAUCCGUGAAUUGGUCGAGCUGCCUCUCCGCCACCCUCAGCUAUUCAAGUCCAUUGGUAUCAAGCCCCCUCGUGGUAUUCUUAUGUACGGUCCCCCGGGUACUGGUAAGACCCUAAUGGCCCGUGCCGUUGCCAACGAAACCGGUGCUUUCUUCUUCCUGAUCAAUGGUCCCGAGAUCAUGUCCAAGAUGGCCGGUGAGUCGGAGUCCAACCUCCGCAAGGCCUUCGAGGAGGCCGAGAAGAACUCCCCCGCCAUUAUCUUCAUCGAUGAGAUCGAUUCCAUCGCCCCCAAGCGUGAGAAGACCAACGGCGAGGUCGAACGCCGUGUCGUCUCCCAGCUUCUUACCCUUAUGGACGGUAUGAAGGCUCGCUCUAAUGUCGUCGUUAUGGCCGCCACCAACCGUCCCAACUCCAUUGACCCUGCCCUCCGUCGCUUCGGUCGCUUCGACCGCGAGGUCGACAUCGGUAUUCCCGACCCCACCGGCCGUCUCGAGAUUAUGUCCAUCCACACCAAGAACAUGAAGCUCGGCGACGAUGUCGACCUGGAGACUAUUGCCGCUGAGACCCACGGUUACGUCGGUUCCGAUCUGGCCUCGCUGAUACCAUUGAGGCCGAGGGUCCUCGACUCCCUUGGUGUUACCAUGGAGAACUUCCGCUAUGCCCUGGGUGUUUCCAACCCCUCUGCGCUGCGCGAGGUUGCUGUGGUCGAGGUUCCCAACGUCCGCUGGGACGACAUUGGUGGUCUGGAGGAGGUCAAGCGCGAGCUUAUCGAGAGUGUCCAGUACCCCGUGGACCACCCCGAGAUGUUCCAGAAGUUCGGUCUCUCGCCUUCUCGUGGUGUGCUGUUCUACGGUCCCCCUGGUACCGGUAAGACCAUGCUGGCCAAGGCUGUCGCCAACGAGUGCGCUGCCAACUUCAUUUCCGUCAAGGGUCCUGAGCUGCUGAGCAUGUGGUUCGGUGAGUCGGAGAGCAACAUCCGUGACAUCUUCGACAAGGCUCGCGCCGCCGCUCCUUGCGUUGUCUUCCUUGAUGAGCUGGACUCUAUUGCUAAGUCCCGUGGUGGCUCUGUUGGUGAUGCCGGCGGUGCUUCCGACCGUGUUGUCAACCAGCUUCUGACUGAGAUGGACGGUAUGACCUCUAAGAAGAACGUCUUCGUCAUCGGUGCUACCAACCGUCCUGAGCAGCUCGAUGCUGCCCUGGUCCGUCCCGGCCGUCUUGACACCCUGGUCUACGUUCCCCUGCCCGACCAGGCUUCCCGUGAUGGUAUCCUCAGGGCCCAACUCCGCAAGACCCCCGUCGCCGACGACGUCGAUAUUCCCUUCAUCGCCAGCAAGACCCACGGUUUCUCCGGUGCCGAUCUUGGCUUCGUGACCCAGCGUGCCGUCAAGCUCGCCAUCAAGGAGGCCAUUUCUCUCGAUAUCGAGAAGACCAAGGCCCGCGAGGCCGCCGGUGAGGACGUCACAAUGGACGACGAGGAAGUGGAUGAGGAGGACCCCGUGCCCGAGCUCACCCGCGCCCACUUCGAGGAGGCCAUGAAGACAGCGCGCCGCUCUGUCAGCGAUGUCGAGAUCCGCCGCUAUGAGGCCUUCGCUCAGAGCCUGAAGAACUCUGGAGGCAGCAGCUUCUUCCGCUUCCCCUCUGCCGGCGAAGUCCAGAACAACGACACAUUCGGCGAAGCCGGCAAUGAUGACAGCCUCUAUGACUAA